AUGGCCCCUCUGCGUCUAAAGGUCGAGGGCCAGACUUUCCGAGACCCUCACAAUCGGGAGAUCACAUUACGGGGCAUAAACGUUGCGGCCGAUGCGAAAUACCCAAAGACACCCGAUAUCCCUACAUACAUCGCCGAUAAGUUCUUCGAUGCCGACAAUGUCUCAUUCGUUGGGCGACCUUUUCCAUUAGAAGAUGCCCAUGUUCAUUUCAAGCGACUUCGGAAAUGGGGUUAUAACACAAUCAGGUACAUUUUUACCUGGGAAGCCAUUGAGCAUGCAGGACCGAGAGUUUACGACCAUGAGUGGGUUGCAUUCACCAUAGAAGUCCUCCGGAUAGCUAAACAAUACGACUUCUGGGUCUUUAUGGACCCGCAUCAGGACGUGUGGUCUAGGUUCUCAGGAGGAUCAGGGGCGCCGAUGUGGACGCUUUAUGCAGCGGGACUAAAUCCAAAAACCUUCAAAAGCACGGAAGCCGCCUUGGUUCAAAACACAUACGACAUCCCCGCGGAGUUUCCCAAGAUGAUAUGGAGCACAAACUACACUAGACUGGUUUGUCAAACUAUGUUCACCUUGUUUUGGGCUGGGCGGGACUUUGCUCCUAAGGCUAUCAUUGAUGGGAUCAAUAUUCAAGAUUACCUUCAGAACCACUUUAUUGAUGCAUGCGCAUUCUUAGCACGGAAAAUUCAUGAAGCAGGUGAUCUUGACGGCGAAGUUAUCAUCGGCUGGGAAAGUAUGAAUGAGCCUCAUCGUGGUGUUAUUGGUGUGCAAGACAUUUCAGUAAUUCCACCGGAGCAGCAACUUCAACUAGGUACUUCACCGACAGUGUUCCAAGCGAUGCUCACUGGUUCAGGCAAGGCUUGCGAGCAAACAACAUGGGCAUUUGGAAACUUCGGUCCUUACAAGACCGGCACAAACCUGGUGGACCCGGAAGGUGAGAUAGCUUGGUUGCCAGCUGACUAUGAUGAUAGCAAGUAUGGCUGGCAACGUGACCCUGGGUGGAAACUUGGAGAGUGCAUCUGGGCUCAGCAUGGAGUUUGGGACCCGUCUACCGACACUCUUCUACAGAAGGAUUACUUUUCAAAGAACCCUAAGACGGGCAGUCCACUUGAUUACGAGAAAUUUACCAAUUCUUAUUUCUUGGAUCAUUACCGUGCAUACAAAAAUGCCAUCCGAGGAAUCUGGCCUGAGGCAAUAAUGUUUUGCCAGCCACCUGUGAUGGAAGUACCGCCAGACGUCAAAGGCACUGCUGAUGAUGACCCGAACAUGGUCCAUGCAGUUCAUUUCUAUGACGGAUUAACCCUUUUGACAAAGCAUUGGAACCGACUCUAUAAUGUAGAUGUUAUUGGUGUUCUCCGGGGCAAAUACCUCACACCUGCGUUUGCGCUCAAAAUUGGCGAGUCGGCUAUUCGCAACUGUUUGCGUGACCAGCUUAAGUUCCUCUGUGAUGAAAGCCGAAAUUAUAUGGGCAGCCAUCCGGUGGUAUUCACGGAGAUUGGGAUUCCCUAUGAUAUGGACGAUAAAAACGCAUACAAGACCGGUGACUAUAGUAGUCAAACCAGCGCCAUGGACGCAAACCAUUUUGCACUGGAGGGCAGUACUUCCAAUGGCUUCACGCUGUGGGUAUAUGUUACACAAAACGACCACGAAUGGGGUGAUCAAUGGAAUGGAGAGGACCUUUCUAUUUAUUCCCGGGAUGAUCUAGAACUGCCAGCAGGAUCCAACACUCGACCUCUUGAUCCCAAUUCACCGGCCUACUCUGAAAGUCAGAGUAACGGAGAAGAGCUGAAUGUUGGACCUCGUAACCUCAAAGGUGUUUUGUCAACUCCUUCGAUCUCCACUGACCUCUCCCAGCCAGAGCAGCAAGGUUACCGCGCCGCAGAAGCAUACCUCCGUCCUAGUCCAACAUACGUGAGCGGAAAGUUAGACAGUCAUGUUUUUGAUCUCAAGAAUUGUAUGUUUACUCUAUCGCUGACGGCCAAAGGGGCAACCACCGCGACUGCCCCCACCGAGAUAUAUCUUCCCGAGUUCCACUUCCCAGAGAGCAACAUCGUCGUCGCAGUCAGCGGUGGCAAGUGGGAUAUCAAUGUCCAGGAUAUCCACGGUGUCAAGCUGCAACAUCUGCGAUGGUGGCAUGCCGAAGGAGAACAGGAUAUCAAGAUUGAGGGACUCAAGCGCAAGCCCGGGGAGUUUUCGAAUCCUGGAGGUGAAGAUGUUAGUUAUCUAGAACAAUGUCAGAGAGGCCAGUGUGUCAUGAUGUGA